AUGGUCACGCAUCAUCAGAUCCAGAUCGGCACCAUGAGUCGUCGUCAUCAGCCAGCUCAAGCGGCGGUCAGCGCCACGGCGAGCACCAGCAAAGGUCAGUUCGCACAGUCGGCACCAGCCUUUCAAAGCUGCACUCAAGUGCAUUUGUGCAAUUUUGGCAGUGCCCGACGACCCCGAUCCCAUCCGUGCUAGGCCACCCCUCUUUGGCCAUGCGUACGGUGCCAAGCCAGCCCAGGGGACCACGACCUCAGCCGCCAGUGCGACCGUCGCCGGCGCUGGUGGCGCUCAGCUUACGACCUCGACGAUCAAGACGAAAGUCAGCCUCGCACCUCCGGGUGGGAGUACGUUUAAGACGCCCGUCAUAUCCAAGCCCAAACAUGGUCCACUCCGUUCAGUUCAUGCUACCUUGUCCGAUCCUCGUUUUCGUGUUCGACCCAACUUGGUCAACGAAAGUUCUCGUCGUCUUCCAAAAUGGGGCGCUGAAUCGCUCGACGUUGAUGACGAGGAAGACGAUCGGAACGAGAUGGACUCUUCAGAGGAUGAGGACGAUGAUGGUUUCGAAACGACUUCGGAUGAAGAAAAGGAUGAAGACGAAGAGAUGUAUGACGUGCAGAUGGGCCGAGCGCAGGACGACAGUGGCGUCGGAUUGCUCGAGACUCCGUAAGCAGGACCCCAAGUAGAGUGAUUCGAGGUGGGAAUGCACACCUAACGCACUCUCUUACUUACUCAGUACCAACAAUGUGUAUGAAGAAGAGGUCAAGCGCAAAAUCCGAGCUCUCGAACGAGGUGAUGUGCUGAUUUUUUCACCCGGGUGGUAUGUGCGAAUCUAACUCCGCCUACAAUGAUGCACAGGUUCAAUGAUCAAAGCCUACCAAGACAACCUCGAGCUCGCGACUGCCCAGUACUCUCACGUUGUUAAUGACAUGAAGACCCUGCUCAAAAGAGACCUCGGGGAAGAAGUUGGGCAAGAACUCCGGUUCGUCGAGGCGCCCCUAUUCCUCCCUCAGCCAGGCUUACUCAAUCGAACAAUAUGAUACAGGACGCAGAUCGAAGGCGCUAUGGAGCACCGAAGCAAGCUAGACGACGCUUUGAUUCAGGAGAGAGAUCACUUUGUCAUCAAUGCGGCUGAAGCGAUCGUGGUCCGUCCGUAGUGGGCUACUGUCCCGGGCACUAUCAAGGCUCGAUUCAGCUGAAAGUUCCCUCGCCUUCUUCAGACUCAGGCUCAAGACCUCAUCAACCAGCUGUAUGAGGUUCAAAGGAAAAGCAUCGAGGGUCACAAAUUCUACGAAAGAAACAGCCUCUCGUCACGUAAGUCCUCGAUUUUCUCCGCGGUUGCACAAAAAACCUGAUCAUACGGACAAUUUUUGCCUCCUCAUAGGUAAUCAAGCGCAAGCCGGAAUCGACGUCUCGUCCAAGAAUUUUGACCAGGAAUCCAGCAAACUCAUCAAGAAGCUGUCAACCCCAAGUAUAGCAUCAAAUGCAGGCGUACCGAGCGUUACUUCGGCCAAAACCAAGAGCAAAGGCAAAGGCAGAGCGACUCGAUGA